AUGCCUAUGUUAAAAGAUCCAUCAACCAAGUACAAGAAAUUUCCACCGGUAAAUUUGCCAAACCGCCAGUGGCCAAACAAAACCUUGGAUAAGGCGCCAAGAUGGCUUUCAACAGAUUUGAGGGACGGUAACCAAUCCCUUCCAGAUCCUAUGUCCAUUGAAGAAAAGAAGGAAUAUUUUAAGAAAUUGGUUGACAUUGGUUUCAAAGAAAUUGAAGUGGCUUUCCCGCUGGCUUCACAGAUCGAUUUUGAUUUCACCAGAUUUGCUAUUGAAACAGCACCAGCUGAUGUGUCGAUUCAAGUUCUCUCACCUUGCCGUGAAGAGUUGAUCAAGAGGACGGUGGAAUCACUCAAGGGCGCUAAGCGAGCCACUGUCCACAUAUAUUUAGCCACGUCAGAUUGUUUUAGAAACGUGGUGUUUGGUUUGAGCAAGCAAGAGAGCAAGGACUUGGCUGUGAAAUGUACCCAACUUGUUCGAAAGUUAACGAAAGACGAUCCAUCAUCUGCAGGAACAGAUUGGGAUUUUGAAUUUUCGCCAGAAACUUUUUCAGAUACCGACUUGGACUAUGCCGUGGAAGUUUGCGAAGCAGUUAAACAGGCAUGGGAGCCCAGCAAGGAGAAACCGAUAAUCUUUAACUUACCGGCAACUGUUGAGAUGUCGACACCCAACGUGUAUGCUGAUCAAAUUGAGUACUUUGCAACUCACAUCACCAAUCGUGAGACUGUAUGUAUCUCGUUGCACCCUCACAACGAUCGUGGCUGUAGUGUGGCUGCUGCCGAAUUGGGUCAAAUGGCUGGAGCCGAUCGUGUUGAAGGGUGUCUUUUUGGCAAUGGUGAACGUACUGGUAAUGUUGACUUGGUUACAUUGGCUUUGAACUUGUACACGCAAGGUGUGUCGCCUUACUUGGAUUUUUCAGACAUCACAUCGGUGAUAAAUAUUGUCGAAAAGUGCAACAAGAUUCCAGUCCAUGCCAGAACGCCAUACGGUGGUUCAUUGGUUGUGUGUGCAUUCAGCGGUUCGCAUCAAGAUGCUAUCAAGAAAGGUUUCGCUGCCCACCACGAAAAAGUCAAGGCUGCUGGUGGAAAGAAUGUGCACUGGCAAUUGCCUUAUUUGCCAUUGGACCCAGAAGAUAUUGGCCGUACUUACGAAGCCAUUAUCCGUGUCAACUCACAGUCGGGUAAAGGUGGUUCAGCAUGGGUCAUUUUGCGCAACUUGGAGUUGGACUUGCCAAGAGGAUUGCAAGUUGCCUUUUCAAAAGUGGUUCAGCAACGUGCUGAAGUCAAAGGACAAGAACUCACCAACCAAGAGUUGUGUGACUUGUUUAAACAAGAAUACUUUAUUGACUACGACGAAGACGACAAGGAGGUUGCUGAUGAGCAUUACAAGUUGAUUGAUUACUCAAUAAAAACCCCAGGUAAAGGUGUCAAGGAGAUAGAAGCAGCCAUCGAAAUUGAUGGAAAGUCCGUCACCGUAAAAGGACAGGGUAAUGGUCAAUUAUCUGCUUUCAAUGACGCCUUGGCCAAGCAUUUGGGCAUUGCUUUCGAUGUCAAGCAUUAUCACGAACACUCUUUGGGCGAAGAUGCUAAUGCUAGAGCAGCAACGUAUAUCGAAGUCGUGGUCAACAACUCGGUUACCAGAUGGGGUGUUGGUAUCAAUACCGAUGUUUCACAAGCAUCUUUCCUCUCAUUGAUUUCUAUUCUCAAUGGUUUAAAGAGGAAUAAGGAGAUUUAA